AGAGAAAGACCAUUGUUGCUUUGAACAGGUUUGUGGGGUUGAAUUUUUGAGGAACUGAAGUUUUAUUCUUGUUUCAGAUACGCGGACCAGAGUAAAGGACAAUACUAGUGGGUCUCCAGCCCCAUUUAAUUGCAUAUGGGCAGUUGAGUCGGAAGAGUGUUUAAGUAUAAGGGUCAUUGACCUUAUAACAGAUCAAUGACUUUCCUAACUGAUGAAAACACCGACCUAAUGUAUGGUUGUUACAAAGAAACUUAACUGUUCUUUUUCCCACCCUUCUCUGCAAUGUCUCUCCUUCUGCGCCCCCUUACCCCACUUUACACUCGUUUACACGGAAGUGCAUGGAGACCGACCGACCGAGGAGGCUGACUCUCUGAUUGCUUUGCGCAAAAUCCACUCCUCUCCUCCCUCCUCUCUAGCCUCUGGAUCCCUCGCAGCCCGCGCGCUCCCUCCCUUCCACCCAGAGAGUGGCGCUUUGGGAAGCUAGAGAUGCGCCUCUGUGUACUUCUAAGGUGGGAGGGGGCUACAAGCAGAGGAGAAUAUCAGACGCUCAGACGUUCCCUUCUGCCUGCCGCUCUUCUCUGGUUCCACUAGGGCUGGUCCAUGUAAGAAUCUGACGGAGCCUAGGGCAGCUGUGAGAGGAAGAGGCUGGGGCGCGUGGAACCCGAAAAGUCUGAGUGCUCUCAGUUACAGCCUACCUAGUCCGCAGCAGGCCUUCAGCACCAUGGACAGCAGCACCGGCCCAGGGAACACCAGCGACUGCUCAGACCCCUUAGCUCAGGCAAGUUGCUCCCCAGCACCUGGCUCCUGGCUCAACUUGUCCCACGUUGAUGGCAACCAGUCCGAUCCAUGCGGUCUGAACCGCACCGGGCUUGGCGGGAACGACAGCCUGUGCCCUCAGACCGGCAGCCCUUCCAUGGUCACAGCCAUUACCAUCAUGGCCCUCUACUCUAUCGUGUGUGUAGUGGGCCUCUUCGGAAACUUCCUGGUCAUGUAUGUGAUUGUAAGAUACACCAAAAUGAAGACUGCCACCAACAUCUACAUUUUCAACCUUGCUCUGGCAGACGCCUUAGCGACCAGUACACUGCCCUUUCAGAGUGUCAACUACCUGAUGGGAACAUGGCCCUUCGGAACCAUCCUCUGCAAGAUCGUGAUCUCAAUAGAUUACUACAACAUGUUCACCAGCAUAUUCACCCUCUGCACCAUGAGCGUGGACCGCUACAUUGCUGUCUGCCACCCAGUCAAAGCCCUGGAUUUCCGUACCCCCCGAAAUGCCAAAAUCGUCAACGUCUGCAACUGGAUCCUCUCUUCUGCCAUCGGUCUGCCUGUAAUGUUCAUGGCAACCACAAAAUACAGGCAGGGGUCCAUAGAUUGCACCCUCACGUUCUCCCACCCAACCUGGUACUGGGAGAACCUGCUCAAAAUCUGUGUCUUUAUCUUCGCUUUCAUCAUGCCGGUCCUCAUCAUCACUGUGUGUUACGGCCUGAUGAUCUUACGACUCAAGAGCGUUCGCAUGCUAUCGGGCUCCAAAGAAAAGGACAGGAAUCUGCGCAGGAUCACCCGGAUGGUGCUGGUGGUCGUGGCUGUAUUUAUCGUCUGCUGGACCCCCAUCCACAUCUACGUCAUCAUCAAAGCGCUGAUCACGAUUCCAGAAACCACAUUUCAGACCGUUUCCUGGCACUUCUGCAUUGCUUUGGGUUACACGAACAGCUGCCUGAAUCCAGUUCUUUACGCCUUCCUGGAUGAAAACUUCAAGCGAUGCUUCAGAGAGUUCUGCAUCCCAACCUCGUCCACGAUCGAACAGCAAAACUCCACUCGAGUCCGUCAGAACACUAGGGAACAUCCCUCCACGGCUAAUACAGUGGAUCGAACUAACCACCAGAAGUUUCUAAUGUUGAGAGAUAUGCCUCCUUUCAAGAGACACUUAGCUAUCAUGUUAAACCUUGAUAAUUAGGGCAUCAAAGGGGACAAGUAUCAAAUUAAGAUGCUGUUGUUUUCUGGUUCCAUCAAGUUCUUGGAGAACACUAUUAUGGUGAUCUGUUAGUGCCACCCAUUAAAAACAGAAAAGGUAAAUCUCAACAGACAAUGUCAGGGGGUGGAACUUAUUUUAGAUGUAGAAGCGAUAAGUUACACUGUCCACAGUCCAUCAUCAGAAGAGUGCCUUGCGAGGCUCAACAAAGCCCACUGCAGGUCAUCAGGCCUGAAGCUGUGACCCGAUCCACAGCUCAAACCUUUAUGAAAAUAAGUAGCAAUGUCUCAGAACUCAAGACAUUCACAGUUCUAAAACUGAUUGCUAGUCUCUCGCUCCCAUGCUCAUCCGAAUAUAUCCACAUACACACAACAUGCUAAAACUAUAUCUCUCUGAAAGCAGAACAGGUUGUGCUUUGUUUGGGUUUUCGUUUUCUGUUUUGCUUUGUUUUGAAGCUUAGCACUUUCUGGCUAUAAUUACGAGGAAGACAGUCUGUGCAGCCGUAGGAUAUGUUUUUAUCUAAUUAAAUUGCAUGUUGCUAAGAGUUAGGCUUGUAAAUGACACAUUCUUUUGUUUUGAAUACAAUAUCUUUGCAGAAAAUAGAUUUAUUUUGAAAAGGCAUAUACACAGAACUGGGAGAAGCACGCCAGAGAUAUUUUGUCACCAUAUGGCAAAUGUAAGCCUAGAAACCAGGGUACCUGGAUGCUGGUGCCAACCCCACUGACAACCACUUGUGCAAGAACAUCCCAUGCUGGUAGUUGUUGAACAGAUUUCUUCAUGACCAGAAGAUCAUUGACCUCUAAGUUUGCUCUAGAGUUAGAACCUUGUUGAUUACAUCAUUCAGACUCUGGGGCAAGCUUCUCUCAAUGAACAAAAGGCAUAAUCACUUAAGCUUUCUUCAUGACAGAAAAUCAUCCAACAUUGAAAGCAGGCGGAAGCAUCUGGUAUAUGUGUAUGGCUUUUUUGAAGUAUUAGGUUUUCCUCCACUCCUUCUUUACCAAAUUUAGUUUAAACAAAUAGAAGAAUGUUGCUGCAUUUUUAUAAUAACAGCUGGGAAAACCGCUUAGUUGAUAAUGUGCUUACCUUGCAAGUAUGGAGACCUGAGUUCAGAUCCCAGAACCCAUGCAAAAAGGCUGGAAAUGGAGGUGCUCACUCUGGAAAGCUGGAAGCAGAUGUGUCCCUGGAAACUGCUAGCCAUCCAUUCCUACCAAAUUGGUUGACUUGACAUUCACUGAGAGACUCUGCCUCAAAAAGAAGUAGACAGCACCUGAGGAAUGACACCCAAGGUUGUCCUCUAAGCUCUACAUGCAUGUGCACCUUAUGCAGACAGACAGACAAAGAUGCUUAAACAAGUUUCUUGCCAGUGCUGAAUUAGACAAAAAGGGGACUGAGUGCUCAUGAAAGUGAAUUUCGUGACUCAGAUGAAAAUUGCAUCAUGUAUAAACUCCUCUCGUGGAAUAGAAUGUUCUUCACAUAAUCCAUCUGAUCACUGUGACUUAGAAAUACUAUGUGCAGCUUCUUGUGCCUGUAUCAGAUAUUGGCUAUACUGCAUAAUCAGGAAUAAGUAAAAAUCCUGCCGCGCCUGGUUCAGGCAAUGAGGCUUAUAAGAAAGGAUGGGUUCCAGUUACUAAGAACACUGAGAUCUUUGCCUCUGAAUCAUCGACUCCAACUGGUUUUUGUGUGACUCUGUUUUUAUGAUUUCUCUAAUGAAUGGGGUUUUUGAAAUGUAUUACAAGCAAACACUGAUCAGCUUCCAAAGUACCCAAAUCGGUUACUGGCUUCAGUUGUAACAUUAGAUGGCUUUGCAAGUAGGGAGGAAAGAGUGAAAGGCAGAGGAGGCUGCAACAAUUAAAAUAUUAAAUUAGCAUUUUCAUCCAGUACACAUGAAAAUAUCACUUCACAAGGGUGUAUUUCCUUGUGUAGAUUGACAAAGUUAAAAAACAUAAUCUCUUAAAUUUUCUCCAGCUCUAACACAACAGGAAAUACCUCAAUCUUUCUGUGAAGAAGAACUUAAACUCCUUAAAUAAGCUUCACCUUGGAGCUUAAAAGCUUUUCAAACAUUUUUUAUUAGAGUAGAACACAGCCUGAAGGGGGUUUGUUAGCUGACUUCCUGGAAAGGUUAUGCAGUUUAAAAAACUGUUGAUAUAAAAAGGGGAAAUUAACAUUAGAGAAUUACAUCCAUGUAUAUAUAAUGUAUGUAUAAAGGUAUGGUAUCUAAUGUUAACUGCCAACUCUAUGGACAUGUGUGCCUGCAGUGUCCUUCUGGUCAGAAAGAAGCUUGGGUGUAGAAUUCUGGUGGUGAGGUCUCAGCAAGAGCUCAUUACAGAUCUAAGGAGGACAAAUAGACACCAGGAAGCCAAGAAACCAGAAAAACAUCAACAUGGUAGUGCAAUUCCCUUACCCUGUGUCUCACAGCACAACACAGUGAGGUCAGACCACUGAGAAACUGUUGUUGUAAAAUAUAAAAAAUGAAAAAAAAAAGUAUGGUUGUCUUCUAGCCCCCUAGGUCCAGCACCUCAGUGACCCAAGAGAUCUAUUAGAUAUCUUGGUGGAAACACAUCCCAACUCCACGGUGGCCCAGUGUCUCCUGCUGCCGCACUUUCCUACAUUCAAACCGUAACAUAAAAGAACACACAACACAAUAAUCUUUGAUCCAAUUGAUAAGAUAUAAUUGGCCACUUAAACAUACAAAGCCCGGUGCCAUCCAUCCCUUAAGAACAUUAAUAACAACCUGUAACUACACAGAGCAGAAUCUUAAUGUCACCUGCCAUAUUGUCCUGCCACGGCUUCUCUCCCUCUCCCUCCUCUCUUUUCCUCCUCUCCAUUCCAGUCUCCUCCUCUUCCUUCAAACUUCUCUCCCGCCCAUCCUUCCUUCUCCUCCAAUGACAGGCCUCCUUCUAUCCUGUACCUGCCCCUCACCUGUACUUUACAAAUUCAAUGGGGAGAAGGUUCUGGUGAAGUCACCUGAUUCCUGAGUACCAGAGGAGGCAGCUGUCCUUGGGGCAGUGGAAUUAGCAUCAAAAUACAGAUAACUCCAGGGCAAAUCACAACAACAAACAUGGUGAGCUGCAUCACUGCCUGAGAACCCAGUGGAAAUGGCACUAAAUAUUUUGUAGCAAAAAAUAAACAGUUAUUGAUUUUCCUUCCCCAAGAACAAGCACCCCAAAGUAGUCCUGUUGUAAUCCUCAUGGGAUUGGACAAUGAUAGUUCGAAACUGACUAGUAGUAGGAAGUAUUCAGGAUCAAUAGGACCUGCAGCUCACUCAGUAGGCAGGGAUAGGCAGAGGUAAUUAAGGUACAUCCCCACCCCCAACAUCACCUGUCAAUCUGCCAUCUUAGCCUGACUUGUUCAUAUGGUUGUACCAUCCCGUCAACAACUAAGAUUAGAUAUUUGCAAAUGCUCAGACCAGAUAUAUCCCCACUUUUUUAAAUCAACACUUGAUUAUAAUGACUGACAACAGAAGGCUAUUAACAAGAUGAGAUCGACGUACAGUAUCAAGCUUAACUGUGCACUACACCUCGUCAAACAGAUGCAACUAAGUCCCAGAGAAAACUAAAGGUCUAAUUGCAGAAAACUACCUGGAUUCCUUGCUCAUCAUUUGCAUAUAUUACGCCAGCAUGUUGUGGGUACUAAUCCAAAAACAAAAGCAGUUGAAAGCCAUACCUGCCUAUGUUCAUCCAGUCUAUGGGUUAAGGCCAGUCAGAGAUC